GGCACGUACUCCUGAGGAUGGAUAACGACCACAAAGUGCAUGGAGCGGAGAUAGCAUUCUUAAAACUCUUCCACCCUAAACUCUCCCUCUCUCUCUCUCUCUCUCUCUCUCUCUCUCUCUCUCUCUCUCUCUCUCUCUCUCUCUCUCUCUAAAAAAAUUUGUCUCCUGGGUUUCAUGGUAGCCUCGAAUAUGUUGCUGUAUUCUCCAGCAUCCGCAACCUCACUCCCAUACCCGCAGCUCAAGAGCUUGAUCAAAAUAACUAUGAUUAGAAGUGGGCUGAAGGUGUUGGGAAUGGUCAAAGAUCAGAGCAGUAGCGGCGGCGGCGGCAACGGCAGUCCCGCAGCCCAGAAAGCGGCCAUCGCCGGGGGUCUGGUCUCUGCUCCAGUCAUUGCUUGGUCUCUGUACACCCUCAAGACCACGGGGUGUGGGCUGCCGCCGGGCCCCGGGGGGUCCAUAGGCGCGCUGGAGGGUGUGAGCUACCUCACCGUGGUGGGAAUCGUGGGUUGGUCCCUCUACACCAAGGCCAAGACCGGGUCGGGUCUGCCCAACGGUCCUUUCGGGUUGUUGGGUGCUGUUGAAGGCUUAUCCUUCUUGUCCUUGCUUGCCAUUGCCCUAGUGUUUGGGCUGCAGUUUCUGGAGAAGGGCUCCAUCCCCGGACCCCUCCCCGGUGACCAGUGCUUUGGCUAGCUGGCAUAUCUCUCUCUCUCUCUCUCUCUUGAUGAAGAUAAGGUGCUAUUGGUCCACAAGCUCCGUAGCUCAGCUCCUUUGGCGGCCAUGAUUAAUUUGUCCAAUCUGUCAUGAUAAAUUGUUGGGGACAGAGGCAAUAUUUGAUGUUGAUUUUUUUUUUUUUUUUCAAAAGAUAAAUUGCAAUGAUGGAGUUUAUUGUUAAUUAAUUAUUAUCAAUCUUUGACAUUUUUCCUUC